GAAGAAGAAAAUCCUUGUUUAUAGACGCAUUGAUUACCCGCAUGAUGGAGACCAUUUGUUUAGUUUUAUCAAAGAUCUAAUUUUAGAGUGGAACAUAGAUAAGAAGUUAUUUUCAAUGGUAGUCGAUAAUGCAACGAGUAAUGAUGUCAUGGUGAGACUCUUAAAGCGAUGGCUACAUGACCAAGGAUUACUACAUUUGGGUGGACAAUUGUUUCAUGUGCGUUGUAGCGCACACAUAUUGAAUUUAGUUGUUCAGGAUGGUUUGAAGGUGAUUGGUAGUCUUAUUUCAAAAAUCUGAGAAAGUGUGAGAUAUUUAGGGAGGUCUCCUUAUGGAAAACAAAAAUUUGAUGUUGCAGUGAAUCAUGUUAAGUUACAUCAUAAAAAGAAAGUCCCCAUGGAUGUUCCUACUAGAUGGAACUCCACUUAUUCAAUCCUUGAAGCUGCAUUAGAUUUGAAAAGUGCAUUCCACCGCUUAGGGCAAAUUGACAAACAAUAUAAGCACAAUCCUUCUGAGGAUGAGUGGAAUGUAGCAAAUGUGAUUUGUGGGUGCUUGAAGAUUUUUUUUGAUGCUACAUCUCACUUUAGUGGUACCACUUUUCUGACUUCAAAUGUGUUUUUUCCCGAUAUUUGUCUUAUUCAACUUGAAAUGAAAAAAUGGGAGCAAAGUGAGUAUGAUUGCAUUCGAUUGAUAGCCGGUCCAAUGAGAGUGAAAUUUCAAAAAUAUUGGGAAGAAUGUUCUUUGGUGUUAGCAAUUGCAGUGGUUCUUGAUCCGAGAUUUAAAAUGGACUUGGUGGAAUACUACUUUGGGCUUAUUUAUGGUGUUGAUGCUAAUAAGCAUAUUCAGAGGGUCCGUAAUGGUUUUGUUGAUCUUUUUUAUGAGUAUAGGAGUGAUUCUUCUGAUUUUAUGAGUAGCAUUGCACUUGUUUCUAAAAAUAGUAGCUCAAGUGGUAGUCAGUUGCUUGUCGGUUCUUCGAAACAAGAAAGUUUGGCUGCUUUUCAUGCGUGGUAUGCCCCAGAACGUGCUUCUAACAUUCAUGCCUAUCAAAAAUCAGAGGUGGAGCAAUACUUGGAGGAGUUGGUGUUUCCAAGUAAUGAGAGCUUCAAUAUUCUACAUUGGUGGAAAGUGAAUAAAGCAAAAUUUCCUACUUUGGCAAGGAUAGCUCGUGAUGUUUUAAGUGUUCCUGCUACUACGGUUGCAUCAGAGGCGGCGUUUAGUGUAGGAGGUAGGGUGAUUGAUGAGACACGUGCUUCAUUACUUCCAGAUAUUGUGGAGGCCUUGAUCACUUGCAAUGAUUGGAUUGAAUCAACCAAAAAUAGAAAUGUAGAAGAAUGCAGACAUGAGUAGAUGGAUUGAAUUGAAUCGAAUCACUUGAAGUAGAUGGGUUUGAUAAUGAGCUUAACAAAGCGGUUGCUAUUAAAGUUAUUGACUUGGAAGAAUCAUGUUUUGGUGGCUGAUGUUAUCGUAGUAGAAGCAAAGAACAAGAGAAGAUACUGAAGAACUAAUAGAGAAGAC